AUGGUUGCUGCGACUGCUGCAUCUGUCUCGAAAGCCUCCAAAGCUGCAAAGGCUCCGGCUUCUCACCCACCUUUCGCUAAGAUGAUAGUUGAAGCUAUAGCCGCGUUGAAGGAGAAAGGGGGCUCUAGCCGUCAGGCCAUCCUAAAGUAUAUCAAGUCGCACUACAAGGUGGAUGAGCGGAUCGCUGAGGUUAACGUUCGGAGGGUCCUCGUCUCAGCUACUGCUUCUGGCAAGCUGAUUCGGGUGAAAGGAGCCGGGGCCAGUGGCUCCUUCAAGGUUGCCUAUAAAGCUGAAAAAGCGCCUGCUGUAUCAUCGGUCGAGAAGUCCAAGAGGGCUGUUCCUGCGAAGCCCAAAAACGUGAGUGCUGCGGUAAAGAAGCCUGUCGCUGUAAUUUCGGCACAAGCCCCUAAAGCGAAUCCCAAGCCGAAGAAGGUUACAGCCGCGAAUCUCAAAAAGGCGCAAGUCAAAAAGGUGACGAAAAGGGCUGCAGCCGCGACCAAGAAGGGGAGAGUGGUCAAGACGAAGAAGCCUGCUGCUAAAAAGAUGCCCAAGAAGUCUGCCAUUGGCGCCAAGAAAUAG